CACUGAUAAAUAUAUGCUUUGGUGCAUAUCAUGGGGUCUUUUUCGUGCUUGUGAAAAGGAAAGUUCAAGGAAUUGAAGAUGGGGCAUAGUGUAUUUUUCCUGCAAAUCAUACAUUUGAUUUUUUGUCCAUUUAUGAUUGUAAAUAUUGUUGGGUUGUGAAAGAUAUGUUUUUGUGUGUUUGUGAUUGCAAAUGAGGCAUGCCUUAGAUUGAAUGGAUUAAUGCCAAGUGUCUCAAAACUAUAAUAGCCAUUGGAUUAACUUUUUCUGGCGGGAAAAUUGGGCAUUGAAAUUGGUUGUGAUUUCUCAUCACCUUUUAUAUAUAUAGUAGAUUCCUGCUACCAGUAACUAGUCUACAGUCCACACUACAAUCUUGAUUUUCUACAGUUUAUUUUUUCAUCCGAAUUUUAGCCGUGAAGAUGAGUUCCUUAGGUUCUUUUGGCUCGACGUGUCUUGAUCGGGUUUCCCCUUUGAGGUUCCAGGUUGAAUGGAAGAAGAGUUCAAAGCUGAGAAAAAACUUCGUGAGAGCUUCGUCAAUGGCAUCCCCUCAAAGCUUGCAGUUUGCUGCCGCCAAAGCUCAGCAAUCUGAAAAGUUUCGGAUUGGUGUUCUUGGAGCUAGCGGAUACACUGGUUCUGAGAUUAUCAGACUCCUAUCAAAUCAUCCGCAGUUCAGAAUUACUCUAAUGACGGCGGACAGAAAAGCUGGCCAAUCAAUACAAUCAGUAUUUCCUCACCUGGUAUCACAAAAUUUGCCAGAUCUGGUUGCUGUCAAAGAUGCAGAUUUUUCUUCUGUUGAUGCAGUGUUUUGUUGUUUACCACAUGGAACAACGCAGGAAAUCAUCAAAGGUCUGCCAACUAGUCUAAAAGUUGUUGAUCUUUCUGCGGACUUCAGAUUGCGUGAUGUUGCUGAAUAUCAUGAAUGGUAUGGUCACCCUCACAUAGCCCCUGAGUUGCAGAAAGAAGCAGUGUAUGGUUUGACUGAGAUCUAUAGAGCGGAAAUCAGUGAUGCACGACUGGUUGCAAAUCCUGGUUGUUAUCCAACAUCUGUCCAACUCCCUCUAAUUCCAUUGAUAAAGGUUGUUCUUUUAAUGAAUGACUUAUUGUUAGACGCCUCGCACACCUCUAGAGGGGGGGUGAAUAGAGGUGUUGCCCAAAAGACCAAUUUUUUGCGCGGAAACGUUCUUCACGAAUAUUUAAUAAAAAUAAUGCACCACAAACAAAAUAAAGUGAAGGAUAAGAGCAAUGCACACACGAUAUAUACUGGUUCGGCCUAAAUGCCUACAUCCAGUCCCCGAAGCAAUCGUGCCCAAGCCUUCACUAACCCGUCAAACUUAACGGAGUUUGACAAUCCGAAUACAACUCGAGAACUUGA